CUCUUCCUGCCCCAACCCUCGGGGCCAAGAGGCCUCCCAAUCAGACCUGGACUGCUCCAGCUGUGUCCUGAGGAGCUGGACCAGACACAUCCCCUGGGGCUGGAGUUGAAGCAGAACCAAGUGGCCAUCCCAUCGAUAGACCAUAGAUUCCUGGCUCCAGGAGCAGCCAGAGCCAGCGGGGCGGGCAGGCAGCUUGGCACACAGGCCCCAGUGCUCAGCACGCUGGCUCUCCGCAGGAAUGGCGCUGCAAGUGGAGCUGAUACCCACCGGGGAGAUCAUCCGCGUGGUUCAUCCCCACAGGCCCUGCAAGCUUGCUCUGGGCAGUGACGGGGUGCGGGUGACCAUGGAGAGUACACUGACCGCCCGUGACCGGGUGGGGGUACAGGAUUUCGUGCUGCUGGAGAACUUCACCAGUGAGGCAGCCUUCAUCGAGAACCUGCGGCGGCGGUUCCGGGAGAACCUCAUUUACACCUACAUUGGCCCGGUCCUGGUCUCUGUCAACCCCUACCGCGACCUACAGAUUUACAGCCAGCAGCACAUGGAGCGUUACCGUGGCGUCAGCUUCUACAAAGUGCCACCCCACCUGUUCGCAGUGGCCGACACUGUGUACCGAGCACUGCGCACGGAGCGCCGGGACCAGGCCGUGAUGAUCUCCGGGGAGAGUGGCGCAGGCAAGACGGAGGCCACCAAACGGCUGCUGCAGUUCUAUGCAGAGACCUGCCCAGCCCCUGAGCGGGGCGGUGCUGUGCGGGACCGGCUGCUGCAGAGCAACCCAGUGCUGGAGGCCUUUGGAAACGCCAAGACCCUCCGGAACGAUAACUCCAGCAGGUUUGGGAAGUACAUGGACGUGCAGUUUGACUUCAAGGGUGCCCCUGUGGGUGGCCACAUCCUCAGUUACCUCCUGGAGAAGUCUCGAGUGGUACACCAGAAUCACGGGGAGCGGAACUUCCACGUCUUCUACCAGCUUCUAGAGGGGGGUGAGGAGGAGAUGCUACGCAGGCUGGGCUUGGAACGGAACCCCCAGAGCUACCUGUACCUGGUGAAGGGCCAGUGUGCCAAAGUCUCCUCCAUCAAUGACAAGAGUGACUGGAAGGUUGUCAGGAAGGCUCUGACGGUCAUCGACUUCACUGAGGACGAAGUGGAGGACCUGCUGAGCAUCGUGGCCAGUGUCCUACAUUUGGGCAACAUCCACUUUGCUGCCGAUGAGGAGAGCAAUGCCCAGGUCACCACUGAGAACCAGCUCAAGUACCUGACCAGGCUCCUCGGAGUGGAAGGCUUGACGUUGCGGGAAGCCCUGACACACAGGAAGAUCAUCGCCAAGGGCGAAGAGCUCCUGAGCCCACUGAACCUGGAACAGGCUGCAUAUGCACGAGACGCUCUUGCAAAAGCCGUAUACAGUCGCACCUUUACCUGGCUGGUCGGGAAGAUCAAUAGGUCACUGGCCUCCAAGGACGCUGAGAGCCCCAGCUGGCGGAGCACCACGGUUCUUGGGCUUCUGGACAUUUAUGGCUUUGAAGUGUUUCAGCACAACAGCUUUGAGCAAUUCUGCAUCAAUUACUGCAACGAGAAGCUGCAGCAACUCUUCAUCGAGCUGACGCUCAAGUCGGAGCAGGAGGAAUACGAGGCAGAGGGCAUCGCGUGGGAGCCUGUUCAGUAUUUCAACAACAAAAUCAUCUGUGACCUGGUGGAGGAGAAGUUCAAGGGCAUCAUCUCCAUUUUGGAUGAAGAGUGUCUGCGCCCUGGGGAGGCCACAGAUCUGACCUUCCUGGAGAAGCUGGAGGACACAAUCAAGUACCAUCCGCACUUCUUGACGCACAAGCUGGCUGACCAGCCGACCAGGAAAUCUCUGGGCCGAGGGGAGUUCCGCCUCCUGCACUAUGCCGGCGAGGUGACCUACAGCGUGACAGGGUUUCUGGAUAAAAACAAUGACCUUCUCUUCCGGAACCUGAAGGAAACCAUGUGCAGCUCCCAGAAUCCCAUCAUGAGCCAGUGCUUCGACCGGAGCGAGCUCAGUGACAAGAAGCGGCCGGAGACGGUGGCCACCCAGUUCAAGAUGAGCCUCCUGCAGCUGGUGGAGAUCCUGAAGUCUAAGGAGCCCGCCUACAUCCGCUGCAUCAAGCCUAAUGACUCCAAACAGCCCGGCCGCUUUGAUGAGGUGCUGAUCCGCCACCAGGUGAAGUACCUGGGGCUGAUGGAGAACCUGCGCGUGCGCAGAGCCGGCUUUGCCUAUCGCCGCAAAUACGAAGCUUUCCUGCAGAGGUACAAGUCGCUGUGCCCAGACACAUGGCCCACAUGGGCAGGUCGGCCCCAGGAUGGGGUGGCUGUGCUGAUCAGACACCUGGGCUACAAGCCAGAGGAGUACAAGAUGGGCAGGACCAAGAUCUUCAUCCGCUUCCCCAAGACCCUGUUUGCCACGGAGGAUGCCCUGGAGGUCCGGCGGCAGAGCUUGGCCACGAAGAUCCAGGCCGCCUGGAGGGGCUUUCAUUGGCGGCAGAAAUUCCUCGGGGUGAAGCGAUCAGCUAUCUGCAUCCAGUCGUGGUGGCGGGGAACGCUGGGCCGCAGGAGGGCAGCCAAGAGGAAGUGGGCGGCACAGACCAUCCGGCGGCUCAUCCGUGGCUUCAUCCUGCGCCAUGCCCCCCAUUGCCCUGAGAACGCCUUCUUCCUGGACCACGUGCGCACCUCUUUUUUGCUUAACCUGCGGCAGCAGCUGCCCCAGAAUAUCCUGGACACAUCCUGGCCCACGCCCCCACCUGCCCUGCGUGAGGCCUCAGAGCUUCUGCGGGAGCUGUGCGUGAGGAACAUGGUGUGGAAGUACUGCCGCAGCAUCAGCCCCGAGUGGAAGCAGCAGCUGCAGCAAAAGGCGGUGGCCAGUGAGAUCUUCAAGGGCAAGAAGGAUAAUUACCCCCAGAGUGUCCCCAGGCUCUUCAUCAGCACGCGGCUCGGUGCGGACGAGAUCAACCCCAGAGUGCUGCAGGCCCUGGGCUCUGAGCCCAUCCAGUACGCCGUGCCUGUAGUGAAAUACGACCGCAAGGGCUACAAGCCUCGCUCCCGGCAGCUGCUGCUCACGCCCAACGCCGUGGUCAUUGUGGAGGACGCCAAAGUCAAGCAGAGGAUUGACUACGCCAACCUGACUGGAAUCUCUGUCAGCAGCCUGAGUGACAGCCUGUUUGUGCUCCAUGUGCAGCGUGAGGACAAUAAGCAGAAGGGGGAUGUGGUGCUACAGAGUGACCACGUGAUUGAGACACUGACCAAGACAGCCCUCAGCGCCGACUGUGUGAACAACAUCAACAUCAACCAGGGCAGCAUCACGUUUGCAGGGGGCCCUGGCAGGGAUGGCAUCAUCGACUUCACACCUGGCUCUGAGCUGCUCAUCACCAAGGCCAAGAACGGGCACCUGGCUGUGGUGGCCCCACGGCUGAAUUCUCGGUGAUGAAGGUGCCACUGGACCCCGUCCCAACUCCUAAUGCUUUGCUUAUCUCCUCCCCGCCUUCCCAAUUACCAAAGACUCAAGCUUCCAGACAGGGACCCAGGGACACCUCAAAGCCCACCUGCAAACUCCUGCCUCCUGCCUACCCCUCUCUUGAGGAGUAGCAGGGGCCAGAGAGCUACCCCAGGAGUGGGCCAGGCCGGGCCACAGCAAUAGGAAAGCUGGGGCCAGAGCAAGCCAUGCCGGCCCCGCUGCCGAUGCCAAAUAUUUGAGAGAAGGGAACUUUUGCCGAGGUUUUCUCUGAGAUUUUUUGAUGCUUUAUAGGAAACUGUUUUUUAAAAAAGCCAUUUUCCCACCCUAAGACACACUGGAUGUGUUUUCCCUGACUCCAACAGGGCAAGGAAUGUAGACAAGAGGUUGGGUGGGCCGGGCUCUGGUGCACUCUUCCCUGGCCAGGCCACCCUCUCCUCGUUCCCUUAGCACCUUGUUUUUCUGUCUGUCUGCUGCCUGCCCACCCACUUGUACCUUUUGCAGCCCACUCUGGCCUCCACUUGGGGGCUGAGACCACCCUUGCCUGCCCCCUUCUUCCUGCCUUAAGAAUGCCCUUUUCGUAUCACCAUCCCAGUCUGAGGGCAUGCUAGAGUGGGGAAGAGGGUCUUAGGCCAUAGAACUUGGAAGACUCUGAGAGAUCACCCAGUACAGCCUCCUGAUGUUACAGAGCAGAAGACAGACGCCCAAAGAGGGGACUUGUCCAGGGUCAUACAGAAGGCUGCAGCAAAACCAGGACUGCAGCCCUGUCCUCAGCAUGCCUCACUGCCACUCCCAGGGACAGGGAGCCCCAUAAAAAGACAGGUCAUAUCUUACGUGUGCAUCUGGCUCCCCGACCAGCAGUCACCCUCGGGGGCCACCAGGAGGGAGGAGCACUCCUACCUGAGUCCAUGCCUUAGGACGACAAACACCGUGCCCACACACUUUGGCCCCAUUCAAGGAUGUGGGCCUUUACUGGCCUCUGACCCCUCCCUGGCCUGGGAGCCUGGGGAAGGGGCUGGCCUGGGGAGGCGCUGCAAGAGCACCACCUCUUUCUGCUGCUUCCCCCCCUACCCCUAGAGGGCCUGGGGGCUGCCCACCUGCCUCUGUGCCCUCCAGGGGUCUCAGCCACUGCUGACACUUCUGCAAUCCAGAGAAACACUAAAUAAAGCAAUAUGUGUUUGCCAA